AUGUACCGUGAACAGAUGACAGCCAAAGUACAAGAAUUUAUUGACAAGGAAGUGUUUACAAGUGCACUGGUCAUACCGUGUCCGAGCGAUAAUUAUAAUUCGAAGACAUUUUUCAAUCUCAGACAAUCUGAUGAUCAAAAUAAAAAUGCUCUCGUAAAUAAUGAUGAAUUGAAUACCACCGUUAAUACUAUUCUUUAUUUGUCUGAUACGGAUUUAACAAGUAAUACAUCGUUUCGUUAUCUCCCCGUAGCUUUUAGUGCGGAUUCAUUAGAAGCACCAUUUGGCUACGAUGAAUUGCGAGUGAACCAUGACAAAACUAUCAAUUAG